AGAACAAUUUAGUGACCUCGACCACUAGAUUCGACGAGAAAUCCCCACUAGGCUAAAUAUUUCGUAUGCACAGAAUUAUUUAGUGGGAGUGACCACUAAAUUCGACGAAAAAUCUCCACUAGGCCUAAAUAUUUCGUAUGUUCAGUCAUAUUUAGUGAUAGUGCCGACUAACGUUUUAGUUGAGGAAUCUAGUGGGCGACUGACCGCACUAAUUGGAUUUAGUGGAGUGAAUAGUGGAGCUUUUCUCCAAUAUGGCGGUAAACAGGCAUGUAUUUGAUAGGGAUUUUAAUGAAUUUAUUGUGUAUGCGAGGGAUAAUCCUUAUGCACCUGCGCCUAGAAGAUAUUUAAGGGAUGUGGAUAAUCCUUUAGAAUUUUACAGCAACAGUGAGUUUUUCAGACGGUUUCGUUUUUCAAAGGAAACCGUCACCGAUGUUAUUGUUCCACUUGUAACCCAAGACAACGGUGAAAAUCGUGGCCUGCCGGUUCCAACAAUCAUCAAAGUAACUACUGCUUUGCGAUUUUAUGGGAGCAACAGUUUUCAGAUUGUCUGUGGUGAUCUGAACCACCUGAAUCAGUCUACUGUGAGCAGAAUCGUGAAGGUGGUAUCUCAAGAACUGGCUGCACAUUUGCAGCAGUAUGUGCAUUUCCCAGGGGUUCCACAACUAAGGGAAAACACACUGAGGUUUUUUGAGGUGGGUGGCUUCCCAGGAGUGAGUGGCUGUAUUGACUGCACUCACGUGGGAAUAAGCAGCCCAGGAGGUCAGUUCGCAGAACUCUAUCGAAACCGCAAGCAGUACAUGUCGCUGAAUGUCCAGGUUGUUAGUGGACCGAAUUUGGAGAUCCUGGAUGUAGUCACAAGAUGGCCUGGCAGUACCCAUGACUCUCGUAUCUUCAACAACAGUAGAGUCAUGGUUCGUUUUGAAACGAAGACUCUGCCUGGACAUCUUCUGGGAGAUAAUGGAUAUCCUCAGUUGGAAUUUUUGUACACUCCAUUAUUGGCCCCAGUAACUCCUGCAGAUAUCCAAUACAACACUGCUCACAAGAAAACAAGGAAUCUGGUGGAACGAUUGUUUGGUGUUUGGAAGCGAAGAUUCGCAUGCCUUGGGCAUCGGCUGCGAACAAAGCUCCAAACAUCAAGCACAGUAAUUCUUGCUUGUGCUGUGCUGCACAACGUGGCAGUGCGACGUGGAGAGCCUCUGCCACCUCCAGGUGAUGAGAACCAUCUGCCUGCAGUGCCUGUGGCAAAUUUACAGCCACGCAACAACCGCGGAGCAGUAAUCCGAAGACAGUUUAUAGAGCGUCAUUUUAAUUAGCAUUAUUAAACAGUUGUUUCUUCAUGUAUUUCGUUAAAUACUUAAUUACCUUCUCUGGAUAAACUUUGACUUAAAUUAAAAUUGGUGAUUCCCUAAAGUGUUUUGUUAUAUGUCUUGGAACUAUCGCACAAUGCCAAGAUGUCUGCUCCAUGUUUUAAUUGGCAUUCUGGAAGACCUGAAUAAUAUUUGAACUGUUGAUUUCAGAUGAGCCUGCCAUGGUUUAAUAGGCCUCUUGGGGAAACUCUCCAUGCAAAUAAAAAAGAGUUAAC